UCCAGGGGGCAGCAGCAGGAAGAGCAGGAAGCAAAAAAACAGGAAGAGAAGAGACAGGAAGAGAAGAGACAGGAAGAGAAGAAACAGCAUUCUGAGAAAAAAUCUCAGCCACGUCAGGAUUCAAAGGGGCCUCAGGAUUCAAAAAGGCCUCAGGACUCUUCAAAGGGGCCUCCUCCACCACCUGCCAAACAGCAGCCACAGGGACAGGCAGACCCACCGCCACCACCUGGGCCAAAGCCACCAAAGGAGCAAGCCCCUCCCACACAGAGCGCCUUCAAGGAUGACCUACAGAAGGGCACCCAAAGGCAAGGCCCCAGCCAGCCUCAGCCAGCAGGGGCCCAAAAAGAUGGACAGCAAUCCUGCAGAACGCGUGGACCCCCAAUCCUUCCAGGUCCUGGUCCCACGAGUGCAUGCCAGGCUAGCUCUUCUACAUAUUCCCGACUCACGUCGACUAAUUACAUCCAGCAGUGGUGAUCCAGAGAUGGACUCCAAGACCUGAUGAUACCACAAAGCAAAAAGAAAAGCAACCCAAAAAACAAAACAAAAAACCUAGACAGCAACAAAAGACAGACAGUAACCACACUUUCUUCCCACUCGCAACCUGUCUACUCCAAAAAGCCAGCCACAUCCGGAGAGGAGGCUAGUUGGGAUUAAAAUGUGAUUCCUGGAAAGAA